AUGGUUGUUACUCGACUACAGCUUAGAAGGGAUUCAGGUGAAGCUUCCCCAACUCCCGACCCUCCACGAUACCGGCUACGGAAAGGGGUACGUCGGUCCAGAAGGUUCCCUGGCGCUCAAGGCUUCAAGCUGCUGGAGCUCCCUUGGGAGAUUCGUCAGAUCAUUCUCCGAGAUCUCCUUUGGCUGCCGGAACCUGUUUACUUUCAUUCUGAUGAAACACAAUAUACGGGUUCUGCUGCAAUGCGAACUGUUGACGACCCAGGAUACGAAGAUUAUUGGACAAACAUUAGAGAGAAUAAAGGCGAAGGAGCCCGCAAGUUCUACCCCGAAGUUUUGGCUGUCUGCAAGCAGCUCUACGAAGAAGGCUCCCCCAUACUCUAUGAUAAUUCUGUCAAGUGUGAGGUUGGCAACGAGUCCGAUGACUUUUCGUCCCCGUUUAUCACCAUGCAUCAUCUUGCAGAGCGGUACGGUCCAUCAUCCGAAUAUGAAUUGGACCUCCCUGAGUCAGUGCUGAAGAAAAUGCGGAGAGCGUAUAUCGAGGUUGUGACAUUUUCUGGCGAGAUGGGUGGAGAAGAAACCUAUUCGUACUUCCAGGAUGUGCUCGAGGAAUUUAUCGACGUAUUGCACGUAAGCAAUUGGAAGCAUUUAACGCUUAAGCUCAAGAUAGAUCCUGUUAAACUCUACGAAGGUCCCCCAUAUGAAGAUCCCCGGCUGAGAGACGCUCUUUUCCGCCAGUUUCUGUCGCUUCGAGACUGCAGCGAGGUUUCAAUUAGCGGAAUCUCUCCUUCUCUGGCCACCGAACUCGAACGUAUGAUGACUUCUAGCUCGGCUGAGCACCCUGUGAUGAAUCUUGGUGCGAUGCAUUGGGCAUUGUUGCAGUACACCGGCGCAGUCACAGGAGUCUACUCCUGGGCCGUGCACGAAGGUGAACAAGAGAACAUCCUCAAAGAGCAUAUCAGAGUCCUGGUGGAUACUAUGGGCAACCACGUUAGAGACGUACAGCAAGAAGACUUUAUGCGAGCUAGAAGACAGGUGCUGCAGCAUUGCACACAGUUAAUGUUGUGGCGGCAGUCGCAAGUCUUCUUGCAAGAUCUCGACAGUACCUCAUACGAGCCCCAAGGGACAACACUCAACCUCGACGACGGUAAUCAACUUUACCGGAUAAAACACCUAGAGCUACCACCCGAUGUAUCUCCUUUCUUGACGGGGAUAAUACCUUGA